UUUCUCCCCUCGUGCGCGCCUUUUUUCCUUUGACCUCCUCGUUAAGACUUGGAACUUGUACAUGCCAUUUACCUAAUAUUCUCUGUGUGUCUUACACUGCGGGACCGAAAAAAAAAGACAAAUAACUUUUCCCUUUUCCCAACGUUUCUUGCUUCCUUUUUCCUUUUCUCUUCUCUUUUCUUUACCACCGACCUUUAUAAAUUUGCACUGUCAUCCACUUGUUCAAUCUCUCUGUUCUUUGUGUAAUUUAUUAAUACUUAUUACUACUACUAUUACUGUUAUUACUACUAUUUAUCUACUAUCUAUCUGUUAUCUAAUACGCACUACCACCGAAAGAAUAAAAUAUAAUAAUGUCCAGAGAAGUGCGCUAUGUUUGUCAUCGGGCUGCCAACGCCAUAAUCACCCAAGUCGAUCCUUUACGCGUGUCGACCGAUGCAUUACAAGUCAUCAACCAAUUCCUCGACGAAUUUGUCAGCCUCCUCGUGUCAUCCGCCCAAUCGCUCGACCUGUCUCGUAUCAAAACAGCCGUCCUCCAACUCAUUGCCUCUGCCGUCGGUAAAAACGCCAUUGUCGAAGCAGAACUACAGGUCAAAUCAUACAGUGAAUCAGCAUCCAUUGACGCAACCGACUAUGAAGCAUAUGAACGGACAAGAACUUUGGCAGAUCCAGCAACAUUACUAGGUCCAAUCAUUGAUCGUUUACGGCACGAAUGUGUCGACUAUUGUAACCUGGCAGAAAAGAAUCACCAAAAUCCGAAAAAUAGUAGACGGCGGCCUAGUCUGGCAACAACCGUAUCCUCGACCACAACAGCUUCUGGUACUGCUGCAGCCAAGGACAAUCUCGUAAUCUCGCCAAUAGUUACAGUCUAUGUUACUGCGAUUAUUGAGCACGUGGCAGAAUAUAUCCUGACGGCUAUCGCAGUAACGGCAGAACACCAGGAUACAGAAUACAUUCGUGUCAAGGAAAUAUAUUUGACGCUCUCGGACGAUGUACAAGUGGGUAACAUGUUUUCAAAGAUGGCAUUACGAGAGCGAUUGGAGAAACGCGCCUCAGCACUUAAUUAUCGAUCGUCACAGCAGCAGCAACAACAACAACAGUACCCACAUCAUCAUUAUCAGCAGCACGAAAACGUAUUGCCAUCGCCAGCCCCUAGUCCUGUUACAUCCUCAAGGAAACAAUCCAAUGUUCAUAUUCGCGAUUCCAGUACGGAUCCAUACAUGAAUAUUGGAUUUGCUGAUGAUGAAGAACUGGAUUAUAGCCAACCCAGUAGUCCUUUACCCAACGGCAAGAUCCCAUCCAUGUAUUCAAUGACAACACCACCACAACAACAGCAUCAGCAACACGCACGACCCAUGUCCAUCAUGAGCACCAGUACAAGCACCAACACCAUUAGCUCAACGACCUCAUCGAGCAGCAAAAAAGGAUUUCGUUUUUUCAAAAAGCGAGACUCUGUUGCAACUACCGAGAGUUAUAAUGGACCUCAGUCGCCGGUACGACAAACCCACCAGCGUAACUCAAUAUCACAACAGCAACAGCAACGGCAAUCAAAAACACCCGUUUCGGUUUCGGUCUAUCACUCUGAUUCACCAGCCAUCAAUUUUGAAGAUCUAAUACGAUCAGGCGAUACAGUCAGAUUAUCAUUAACACCCAGCAGACUAAAGUCGAUAGAAAUCAUGAAGGAUCAUAGUGCGAUUGAGAAGAGUGCAUCAUCAUCAUCAUCAGUACGAUCUGCAGAUUCGGAUUCGUUUAUUGCUGCGAAACAACUGCCACGGCCUCCAUCAAAGCAACAACAACAACAACAGCCACCGUUGCCCUCAUCACCACCAUCCUCAUCACCUCCGCCAAUACAAUCUGCAAGUCUUGAUCACACUACUACCACCGCAAGACGUGCAGCUACAUCGAGUCAACCACUCACACAAACACCACGCCACUCGAAUCAAUCCUUGCAUAAAAACCCAUCACUUGACGAACCUGUCACACCAUUCGAAAACCCUCGAUCCGCACCAAAACCUCCUGCUCUGAAAAGCAUUGUUGCUCCCGGCAACAGUAACAACAACAGAACCUCAUUCAAUGUUGAAUCGGAUCAUCCUAUACCAUCACCCCGACAACAACGGCAACAGCCACGGAAACCGUUCAAGGAAAAUCCCACCAUGGAACGGCCCUCCAGUAUGGUUGCGAAACGUGCGUCCAUGAUCAAUACAAGACCGACAUCAUACCAUGAAAACUUUGCACUCCAGUAUGCUACUACUGAAGGCACGACACCGGAUGGAAUCCUUGUCGUUGCAGCACCACCGCAUCAUUUGCAAACAUCAACGUCAUCCUCAUCCUUAUCCUCAUCCUCCUCCUCGAAUGGAGCUGUACGAGAAAAAGUGCUAAAGUUCGAACGAGCCGACCAACAUGGAGCAGCAACACAAACACCCAAGGCCGUGUAUCUUGAUGCAGGCGUACAGACGGAACCAGAACUGCCACGCUUGGUGGUGACAGCAGAAGAGGACGGUGUUAGCGAACGAGGGAUCGUUGUGGGUGAUGAGGAAUGGUUUGUCCCAGAUGAGGAUUGGGAGGAGGACGAACAUGAACAAGAACAUACAAUCGUUGAAUGGUUAUUAGGAGAGUAAUUGUGUGUCCAACAAUAAAAAAG